AUGGAAUGCCAGGAAUGCCAGGAAUGCCAGGCCCCGCCAGAAGAUGCAGGCAUGCGCGAGGUCCGAACCCUCAUCCACUCCCUCAAACACUCCCCCUCCAGAGAAGGCUUCGUUACUCUGUGUCAAGACGGCGUCCUACGCAACUUCAGCUCGUCCGGGGAAGUCGUCGAUUACAAGGUCUUAAAUCCAGAACAGAUAUCGAGCGCGGUCAGACUGUUUACGUUGAAUGAGCUGCUGGCCGAUCAAAAAGAUCACUUGGAGAAGGCUUUCAAGGGAGUGGAUGGACGGGAUGUUCCCGAGGAGAAGCUGAUGAAGCCAGAUCUGGAGAUUAUUCCGGAGGAAUUGAGGAAGGGAAGUGCAUGA